AAUAGCUCGGUGCAGGGUAGUACUCGGGCUAAUCUAGAAACAGGUGUCCAACUUGCCUGGACUGCCGGUUCAAAUGCCACCCGAUUCGGUAUUGGUUGCAAGUACCAGUUAGAUAACGACAGUGCAGUCCGCGCCAAGAUCAAUAACGCUUCCCAGCUUGGCCUUGGCUAUCAGCAAAAACUCCGCCAGGGUGUUACCAUUACCCUAUCGUCAAUGGUUGAUCUGAAAAACUUCAACCAAGGAGGUCACAAAAUUGGUAUGGCGCUGGAAUUGGAAGCCUAAUUCAAGAAACGUGUUUUAGCUUCUCUUGCGCUUUGUGCAAGUUUCUCAUGUAACUUUAAUCAUUGGCAAUUAUGGCAGAACAUUAGGAAAUAAAGAUCCGUUCCAGUAGUAUUCAGUAGGUGAUUAAUUUGUCUGUCGGCAAUGCGAGCUCUUUACAAUUGCGCCUAAUUUUACUUCUUUGGCGCUGGAGCUGGCUAAGUUGUUGAACAAAGUAAACUGACCUACUUCAAUUGUA